AUGUGUGGAAGCGACGAUAGCUUCGAAGAGUUUGUCGCCGAAUCUCAGGAACCAACUUCUUCGAGGAGAAGAGUCCAUUCUACUAAUGAUAGCGAAGUUCCUUGCUCGCAGAGACCGGACGCUGCUCAUGAUACUAUGGUCGAAAAUCUCGAAGAUGAAGACCUGCCAGUUCGAGAUGAGCCGGAUGACGUCAUCAAAAUUCUUGUGGCUCCGACAUUCAUUGUGGCUACGGAGAGAACAAACCAAUCAUGUAAUCACAUGGAUGCUGUGAAUACGUUCGAAGAAGUGCUGCAAAUAGCCACAGAACAACACGUUGACAUGAUUCUUUUAGGAGGAGAUUUGUUCCACGAAAACAAUCCCUCUAGAGAAGUUCAGCAUAGAGUUACUCAGCUUCUUCGUCAAUACUGCUUGAACGAAAAGCCAAUUGCAUUAGAGUUCCUAUCCGAUGCUUCUGUGAAUUUCAACCAAAGUGUGUUCGGACAUGUUAACUACUACGAUCAGAAUCUCAAUGUUGGUCUGCCGAUUUUUACAAUUCACGGAAAUCACGAUGACUUAUCCGGUAAAGGACUCACAGCACUCGAUCUUCUUCACGAAGCUGGUCUUAUUAAUUUGUUCGGAAAACACAGUACUAUCGAGGAGUUCAUUAUUUCACCCAUUCUGCUUCGUAAAGGCGAGACUCGUCUUGCCUUAUAUGGUCUUGGUAGUCAACGAGAUGAUCGACUUGUUCGAGCAUUCAAAGAGGAGAAUAUAACUUUUUUACGCCCGAACGCUGGAGCUGAAGAUUGGUUCAAUUUGUUCGUUCUCCAUCAAAACCGUCCUCGUCGCGCAGUACACCGAUCGACUGGAAACUUUCUUCCGGAAACACUGAUUCCUCAAUUUUUCGACCUUCUCAUCUGGGGACAUGAGCAUGAAUGCAAGCCUGAUCCACAGUACGUCGCCUCGUCUGAAGCAGUUGGGGACGGCUUCUAUAUUCUUCAGCCAGGUUCGACUGUCGCUACUUCACUGACAGCAGAGGAAGCUUUACAGAAGAACGCAUUCGUGAUUAAGAUCAAAGGAAGAAAGUUUGCUUCAAAGCCGAUCCCACUGAAAACUGUUCGCCAAAUGGUAUGCGAUGAGCUUUUGUUGGAUAAAAUUCCUCCAGGAAGUAGGCCUGUCACAAAAAGCGAGAGACCUAAAACCAGAGAUGGUCGAUAUAUUGACGAAAUCGCAAUUGAGGUGAAACUGAAAGAAAUGAUUGCAAAAGCAACAGAAAAUCGAGGUCCAAGACAACCAGAAUUGCCUCUGAUCAGGCUCAAAGUGAUUUACGAUGGUGACUGGCUUCAUGUGACACCAGCAAACGCGAAACGUAUUGGUCUUCGCUAUGAGAACAUUGUUGCCAAUGCUGUAGAUAUGGUAUCAAUUAAGAAGAACGAGCCAAAGACCAAAAGAAGAAAAGAGACGGAAGGUAACGACGUACCUGAAGAUUUUGGAAAUGUGUCAGUUGCGAAUCUUCAAUCUAUUAUCAACGACUACUUCACCCAAAAGCCCUUGGAUGAGCAGAUGACUGUACUGAAACCGUUCGGAAUUGGAAAAGCGCUUGAUCAGUACUCGGAAAUUGAAGAAGGUGGAACAGCGGCCGCAGCGAAUCGAAAUUUUGAUGCUUCUUUGAUGAAUCAAAUCAACGUUGUGCGGAGUAUGCUGAAAAAGAUGCCUCUCCCUCCAAUUGACGAUUCAUCUGACCUAAAUGGAUUUCAUGAUCUCAUCGUGAAAGAUUUGUUCGAUAUGAAGAGAACGGAGAGCGAGAAAUCAGGGAAUCCUAUCUCAGCUCCGGGAAUGGAAGAAGAUGAAGACAAUGAUAGUCAGUUCUACAUUCAACCUCAAUCUUCAGUCACCAACUUCAACGAUGGCGAUGACGAUGAUCAGUUCAUGGAUUCCGAUGAAGACCCAAUAAUUGCGAAUUCAAGAAGCUCAAAGCCAAGUACUUCACGUGGUAGAGGCAGAGGUUCUAGAGGGAAUACUGUUCGGGGAAGUACUCGCGGAAAAGCUGCUAAAUCAACUUCUAGACCAAACCCGGAUUCUGACGACGAUGGAUUUAUUGUGAUUAAUGACUCGCCGUCCCCACCGCCCGCAUCGCGAACCGCUAGAGGAAGAGGAAGAGGAAAAACGACGACAACUUCGAAAAAGAGAGAUAUUAGCUUUUUCUAA